AGCACAGCCACUUUAUCUUCCUACCCAGGGAAACAGCUGGCUGCUCCUGGGGUUUUGCUUGGAAAAAGCAUUCCGGGAAACCAAGAACAAGAGAGACUGCAAAAGUUGGCAUAUAGCUUUGAUACCUCAGGAAAGAGCAGCCAUUUUGUCAUUUUUGCAGUUGUCCUGGAUCUUCUGUACGUGAAACAGUUCAGUUUUUUGUUGUGCUGCUCACAGCAUGGCUUCAUCUAACAUUAGCAGUCCAGCAGCAUGUCAGGAGGAGGCUACAGAGACAUGGCCACUACCACCCUGCACUGAGUAUCUAUGCCCAUUGCUGCCCAUCUGCAUUCUCAUCCCAGUGACAGCUGUGUGCUUGCUCUUACUAAUUCUUGGCGUUGGUGGCAAUGUUUUGACUGUAGUUGUGACAAGCCGGUCUCGUGACUUGCGCAGUACAACCAGCCUCUAUCUGGGGAGCUUGGCUGUCUCUGAUCUGCUGCUGCUUUUACUUGGGCUGCCAAUGGACCUGUACCGUCUGUGGCGCUCACGGCCAUGGGUGCUAGGAACACUGUUGUGCCGUGUCUGGCAUUGGUCUGGGGAAGCGUGUGCCUACUGCUCCAUCCUUCAUCUGACGGCUCUGACUGCUGAGCGCUAUGUUGCCAUUUGCUUCCCAUUGCGUGCUAAAGUGCUGGUGACCCAACAGCGCGUAAAAGCAUUAUUGGUAAUACUGUGGGCUAUUGCACUGCUCUCUGCUGCACCAUUUCUCUUCCUUGUGGGAGUCCAACAGGCCAGCAACACCUCUAGUGACAAUGACUUCACCCGUGAAUGUGGUCCUACCGACUAUGCGAAACAGUCAGGGAUAUUGGGGACAAUGUUCUGGGUCACCACCAGCUACUUCAUGCUGCCCUGCCUCUGUCUCUACAUCCUCCAUGGCUUGAUUGCACGGGAGCUUCUACUGGUCAGGAAGGCACACCUUGGUGGGACGUCCUACCGGAACCAUCAGCAUACUGUACGCAUGUUAGUUGUGCUGAUUUUGGCGUUUAUCAUUUGCUGGCUGCCCUUCCACAUUGGCAGGAUCAUGUACAUCAACCCAGAAAAUUCCAGGAUGAUGUAUUUCUCCCAAUAUUUUAAUAUUUUUGCGUUGCAGCUUUUCUACUUGAGUGCUAGUAUCAAUCCAAUUCUUUACAACCUUGUCUCAAAGAAAUACAGGGCAGCUCUUUAUAAGCUACUGGUGACCAAGCGAUCUACAGAAAGAUCUUCUACCAUUACCAGAGAGACUGCUGGCUACGUAGAAAUUAGUGGUUAGCAGCAUUACUAACAUCACAAACCUAUGGGACUCUGUUUCCUUUCCUUUCACUGUUGUACAUUUAAAGCAGGUUGUUGAAAUAAUUUCCUAAUUUGCUUAUGCCUCCGAAAAAAAGAAUAAGCAGCAGAAAGAGGUAAACAAGGAAAACUCUAUUUAAAAAAAAGAUUUCAAACAAUGAUGAUUCCUGCCUCUGAUGAGGAUAAAUGUAAGGAGAUAAAAUUUAACUUUUUGAUUUGGUAGUGUUUAAUUGUCAAAACAAGUAGAAAUCCAUUAUAAAAUGCACUGAUAGAUCUCUUUCUAAAUCCUAGUGUAACAAAUCUCUGUAUUGGGGCUAUUCUGUAAUGGAAAAUGCUGCUACAAUAACUGCAAAAAACCUUGGUAGUCUAGCUAAAGAAGAGAUAUAAGUUUGUGAAAGGAGAAACCUGAGUAUGUGUGUGUGACUGUGUGUCCUAUGUGUGUGUAGCUAUUGCAGAAGACACCAAGACACACUCCUGAAAUUCCUUAAUUGUCUUUAUAGGUGAGCUACUAAUAGAUCAGUAAGAUUUCACACUUGUUUGCAGAUUUUUUUAAUUUAUGUAACUACAUUUGUAUUAUUUUCAUUUUUAAAACAUCUCAUAGUUGUGUACAGUAGAACCAAGUGCUAUGGGCAUUUUCACACUGCACAAACAUAACACUUUGAUGCCACUUUACCUCUCACCCUAUCAAAUACAAUCCUUUAGUUUUCAGUAGUAUUAGAAUCCGAGCAAAGCUGCUGUAAUAUCUAAAUAUUCUACAAAUAUCUGGAUUCUAUAGGAAGCAAAUGUGGCAAUUAAAAUGAUAUCAAAAUUCUAGAACUAUGUAGCAUGAAAGAGACCAAUAUUUAUUAACAGCUCGAAAGAAGUGUGAGAAUUUGUUGUACUUCUGUAUAUGAAAUAUAAAUGGAAUUUCAUUUUAGAAACCUCCAAGAUAUUGUAUUAUGUACUAUAUGCAAAUAUAGGUAUUCCAAAAUCCAAGAAAAUACCAAAAUCCUUCUGGUCCCAAGCAUUUUGAAUGCAGGAUGCUCAAUUAGUCCAUUUGGAAGGAAUUGGACUUGGCAUUGCAGGGGACCACAGUUGAAAUGAAAAUAUUGCUUUGCCUGAUUUUGUGCAUAUGGGAGGCAAACAAAAUUGGCUGUGACACAGAAAGACCAAAUUAGGAAGGUAUGGAUCUGAAAAAAAUCUCGCAUGCCUAUCAAAUGUGGCAAAUGCUUCCUAAACUGCAUUGGAAGUCAACUUCAUACAAUAUCCUUCUUUAAGAUCAGCGUAAAGUGUGAUAAUCCUUUAUUAAGUCCUUUACAAAUGCCCUCAGAUCUCUUUGAAUGUGCCACCUAUAUAUCAACUGGCAAUGCUAGAUAGGGUAAAAUAGGUAGAUUUUGGAAAUACAGUAGUCUCACUUAUCCAACAUAAACGGGCCGGCAGAAUGUUGGAUAAGCAAAUAUGUUAGAUAAUAAGGAGAGAUUAAGGAGAAGCCUAUUAAACAUCAAAUUAGGUUACGAUUUUACAAAUUAAGCACCAAAACAUCAUGUUAUACAACAAAUUUGACAGAAAAGGUAGUUCAAUAUGCAAUAAUGCUACGUAGUAAUUACUGUAUUUACGAAUUUAGCACCAAAAUAUCACGAUGUAUUGAAAACAUUGACUACAAAAAUGCGUUGGAUAAUCCAGAAUGUUGGAUAAGCGAGUGUUGGAUAAGUGAGACUCUACUGUAAUACCUUCCUGCCAGAUGUAAGCAUGUAUUACGCUAUGUAACACAAUUUUUGUUAUUCAGUUAUAAAUGUCAUUUCCUAAUUGGCUCUAUCCUAAAAACAUAGAAAAGGUUUAUUAAAGUGCAAAAACUUUGUUUUUGUGGGACAUCCUGCAGCACGUUUUCCUAUAGUUUUUCAAUGAAUAUCUCAGAGCGUCUCAACCAAUUCAACAUAGUUCAUGACAGCCACAAAAACCAAGUUUCUGGAGUAUAACAACUAUUUUCAAAGUAAGUACUUCACAAUUAAACAGGAAAUAACACUUUCAAACCAGGAACAGAUUUUUUUUAAAAAAAAAAUGUUACACAGUAUAAUUCAAGAACUUAAACUUUUUUUUCUAAAUCUCAUUCUGUUUUGAAUGGCAUAUCAUAACAGUUCCUACCAUGACUGUAGUGAUUACAAAGCUUGAAUUAUGGCAUAUAUUUACUCAUGUAUAAGUCUAUCAAUUUUAGUCAAAAAUGAGCUCAACUGAGUGUGUUUCUGCAUGUGUCGAUGUAAGUACUGUAUUUUAACACUUAGCAAAAAACAACAAAAAAAAGCUCAGCCAUCUCCUUAGUAGAGUGGCACUCCUAGUAGAGUGGCAAAAAGCAAGACAUUUCCUGGAAGGACCUUAAAAAGCAGCAGGCUCCUCUAUUCUCCAUCCAGGUACGGCUUUGGGUCAAAGAAAUGGCAGCAGGGGUGGCUCUUUGGUGCUUUCCCUCAAAGGAUCGCGGAGAGAGUAGAGGAGGGAGUGUUUCUUUCAGGUUGUCCCAGAAUGGACAUAUCUCAUGCCUUUCACCACUCUAUGCUGGCAAGAGAUGUCUCCUUUGUUGAUAAGAGUUCAUGAUUUUAAUCUUUGUUCUGUGUAUUUUAAUAUGUGUUUUGUAGAAAUACAUUUUGAUAUGUGUAUUUUAUAGAAUGUUUAUGAUGAUUAUGUGAUUUAGCUAUGUUGUAACCCGCCUCGAACUAUAAUAAUAAUAAUAAUAAUAAUAAUAAUAAUAAUUAUUAUUAUUAUUAUUAUUAUUAU